AUGGCCGAAACACCUGUUGAUGUUCUCCUAAAGGGCAAGACUGGCAGAAACACACGCGGACUUCUGCGGAUCAUUAUCCUGUGUACCAUUGCAGCAGCAGCAGUUGCCAGUCGACUCUUCAGCGUCAUCCGCUUCGAGAGUAUCAUCCACGAAUUUGACCCUUGGUUCAACUUCCGAGCAACAAAAUACCUAGUACAGAAUGGUUUCUAUAGCUUUUGGGAUUGGUUUGAUGACCGAACAUGGCAUCCUCUGGGACGUGUCACCGGUGGCACGUUAUAUCCCGGUCUCAUGGUGACGAGCGGCGUGAUCUACCAUAUCUUGCGAUUCCUCACUAUCCCCGUCGAUAUUCGCAACAUCUGCGUCCUGCUGGCGCCAGGAUUCUCCGGCCUGACUGCAUUGGCAAUGUACCUGCUGACAUCCGAGAUGUCUCCUUCGCCAUCUGCAGGUCUUCUUGCAGCAGCUUUCAUGGGAAUCGCCCCUGGUUACAUCUCCCGAUCGGUUGCUGGAAGCUACGAUAACGAAGCGAUCGCCAUCUUCCUGCUUGUGUUCACAUUCUUUCUAUGGAUCAAGGCUGUCAAAAAUGGGUCUAUCAUGUGGGGAGCGCUGACCGCGCUUUUCUACGGCUACAUGGUGUCGGCGUGGGGUGGAUAUGUCUUCAUUACGAACCUGAUCCCCCUGCACGUUUUUGUCCUUCUGUGCAUGGGUAGAUACAGCACUCGCGUCUACAUCAGCUAUACCACAUGGUAUGCGCUGGGGACUUUGGCUAGCAUGCAGAUUCCCUUCGUCGGAUUUUUGCCUAUCCGAAACAGCGACCACAUGUCCGCCUUGGGUGUCUUCGGCCUGCUUCAACUCGUGGCCUUCGCCGAGUUUGUCCGCAGCUUCGUUCCAAGCAAGCAGUUCCAGAGACUUCUGACCGCCAUGAUCUUCAUCACCUUCGGUCUCGGUUUCCUUGGGCUUGUUGUUCUGACUGUGACGGGAGUGAUCGCUCCUUGGAGCGGCCGAUUCUACUCCUUGUGGGACACUGGUUAUGCCAAAAUCCACAUUCCCAUCAUCGCUUCGGUCUCGGAGCACCAGCCCACCGCUUGGCCAGCGUUCUUCUUCGAUCUGAACUUCCUGAUCUGGCUUUUCCCGGCAGGUGUCUACAUGUGCUUCCGCGACCUCAAGGACGAGCAUGUCUUCGUCAUUAUUUACUCGGUCCUUGCGAGCUACUUCGCUGGUGUCAUGGUUCGACUAAUGCUGACCUUGACCCCUAUUGUGUGUGUUGCCGCUGCUCUGGCGCUAUCGUCCAUUCUCGACACCUAUAUGGCAACCACUUCCCCGACACCAGCGUCUGAAGCCAAAACGAAUGAAGACUCGUCUUCAGAACCUCUUCGCUCAGUUCGGAAGCCCAAUGUUGGAAUCACCUCCCAUGUUUCCAAGAUUAUAAUGACGGCGUCUGUUGUCGUCUACCUGCUCCUGUUUGUUGCGCACUGCACCUGGGUUACUUCGAAUGCAUACUCUUCUCCUUCCGUUGUCUUGGCUAGCCGGAUGCCUGACGGAAGCCAAUACAUCAUUGACGAUUACCGUGAGGCUUACUACUGGCUUCGUCAGAACACUCCUCAGAACGCCAAGAUUAUGUCAUGGUGGGAUUAUGGCUAUCAGAUCGGUGGCAUGGCGGAUCGCCCAACCCUGGUUGACAACAAUACCUGGAACAACACCCAUAUUGCCACGGUUGGUAAGGCGAUGAGCUCACGCGAGGAAGUCAGCUACCCCAUCCUCCGCCAGCAUGAUGUCGAUUACGUGCUGGUGGUGUUCGGUGGUCUGCUAGGUUAUUCUGGCGAUGACAUUAAUAAAUUCUUGUGGAUGGUCCGUAUCGCCGAAGGUAUCUGGCCCGAUGAGGUCAAAGAGCGGGACUUCUUUACUGCACGCGGUGAAUAUCGUGUGGACGAUGGAGCGACCCCAACCAUGCGCAACAGCUUGAUGUAUAAAAUGUCUUAUUACAAUUUCAACUCUCUCUUCCCGUCAGGCCAAGCUGUCGACCGCGUCCGUGGGUCAAAACUUCCCACAGAAGGCCCUCAGCUUUCUACACUCGAGGAAGCUUUCACGAGCGAGAACUGGAUUAUUCGUAUCUACAAGGUCAAGGAUCUUGACAACCUUGGCCGAGACCACAACCAGGCUGUUGCCUUCGACAAAGGUCUUAAGAAAAAGCGGAGUACAAAGAGGAAGGGACCUCGGGUUCUGAGAACCGAAUAG